AUGACAAAUGUACCCCAGAAACGAAAGAAGGUAGAGAGUGAUGAUGAGGACGAGAUUGUCAAAGAUGGCAGCCUCACAUCGGCUGCUGAGAAUUUCUUCGAGGCGCUGUCUGAGGCCGGCAUCACUCACUGCUUCGUCAACCUGGGGAGCGACCAUCCCGCGAUGUUGGAAGCGAUGAUCAAGGCUAAGCAAGAAGACAAAACCAAUUUCCCAAACAUCAUUACUUGCCCUUCUGAGCUAGUUGCGCUUUCAGCUGCACUGGGAUAUGCUCAAGCUACAGGAGUUCCGCAAUGCGUAAUUGUCCACGUUGACUGCGGCACUCUGGCUAUGGGACAGUCCAUACAUAACGCAUCCGUUAGCAGAGUUCCUGUCCUGUGCUUCGCUGGCUUGAGUCCUUUUACCCAGAAUGGUGAAAUGCUGGGUUCCAGAACAGAGUUUAUUCAUUGGCUGCAAGACGUACCCGAUCAAGCAGCAAUUGUCCGACAAUACUGCAGAUACACAGGUGAAAUAAAGACCGGACGUAAUAUCAAGCAGAUGGUUUCGCGGGCUUUGCAGUUUGCUACAUCUGACCCGAAGGGUCCAGCAUAUCUAAUGGCUGCGAGAGAGGUGCUCGAAGAGCGCGUGGGAAAAGAAAUCCUAGAUGGGGAAAUUCUCAGUUCAAUCACUCCAAGUGCAUUGCCAGAGCAAGAGGUGGAAUUAAUCGCCAAGUCACUUAUGGACGCAAAGCGACCGCUUGUCAUCACAAGUUAUCUUGGUCGGAAUCUUAAAGCGCCGGCCCUCUUGGCUGAGCUUUGUGAUAAACUUCCAAUCACCGUCGUGGAGAUGGUCGGCUCUGACAUUUCGCUGCGAAGUGACCAUGAAGCAUAUCGCGGUGUUACCGUCACUACUCACCCGGAAGUUCUUGAAGCUGAUGUUAUUCUUAUUCUUGAUUGUGAUGUGCCAUGGAUUCCGACUGCUGGGAAGCCUCGUGCGGGUAAGGAUGCCCAGGAAGCAAUGUUGGGUUAUGUUCUGACCGGAACUACAGGCACGAAGAUAUUCCAUCUAGAUGUCGAUCCGCUGAAGCAACAGAUGCCACUCUUUUCAAUUAACGCCACUCGCAAGCUCAAGGUUGGCUGUGGAAUUGCACUUGAGCAAAUCAAUGCUUUCCUAGAUAAACAGAACAUCAAUCGGGCUAAGUAUACCAUGGAGUUUGAGGAGCGGUCAAAGAACUACAAAACUUGGAGGGGAGCCCUACAAACACUUGAAUCGCCAUCUUCCGAUGGUGUAGUCAGUGUGCCAUAUCUGGCAUCUAGACUGCGAGGUUCUCUCCCUCAAGACACUAUUUACGUUUUGGAGGCUGUAACUAAUGUCGGACAUCUCAUCCACCAUUUGAACUUGACCAAGCCAGGAAGUUUGGUUGCCAGCGGCGCAGGUGGCCUAGGAUGGGGAGGUGGUGCAGCACUGGGCGUCAAGCUAGGCAAGCCAGGUUCAUUCAUAUGUGCAAUAGUCGGUGACGGAGUUUACCUAUUCUCACAGAUGGAAAGUGUCUAUUGGAUCGCCAGACGCUAUGGUAUUCCCUUCCUCCUCAUUGUGCUCAAUAACGGCGGAUGGAACGCACCAAAGGUGUCUGCGCUUCUGGUCCACAAGAACGGGUUAUCAUCGAAGUCAAAUAGACGAGAUCUCAAUAUCUCGUUUGAGCCUUCUCCCGAUUACCCCGGUAUUGCCGCUGCAGCUGGUAAGGCGUGGGGUAAGACAGUUACCACGCAAAGCGAGCUUGAUCCUACUAUCAAGGAGGCGACGGAUAUUGUUCAGAGUGGGAAAUGUGCUGUUAUUGAGGUUUCUGUUCCGUCUAUGUGGAAGGAGAACUAG